AAUCUUGGAAAUCUCAUGUUAUUUUAAACAAUAGCAUCUACAGUCAGUAGUCAGACUGGAGAAGUGAAUUUUAAUUUUAAAUCUGACGUGAAAUCUAGUUGUGCUUAUAGGGAAUCGUGCAGGAUUGAAAUUAGAAUUUCGCUGGAGGUGGUUCAGAAAAUUUUCGUUUGCGUGGGUGAUGGUCGGCGAGGCAAUGGUGGAAAAUGCGUUCGGUGUGCUGGUGGUGGCCUUUCUCACCUUAGGAGGAUUUUUUUUGUUCAUAUACACGUUGAAGAAAGAUGUUGUGUACAUUCCAAACGAAAAGCGACGGCACGCCUGGAAGCCAAUUAAGCUGCUAAAUCGACCCUGUCAUUGUGUGAUUUGUGAAAUAUUGAUUUCGUCGAAUGGAUUUUUCUGUGAAAAUUGUGCAGUAUGCUCGGACCGUGAUUGCGUUCAAAAAGCGGAUGUGGAAUUUCGCUGCAAGGAACUUCGCUCUCGAACACGGGCCGAUGAUGCCCGCGAAUGUCGACACCUUUGGGUGAAAGGUAACCUUCCGCUCGGAUCCGAAUGUUGUGUUUGCACAGAGGAUGUGGAUCAGGGCAAUGAGACAGGUCUAUUCGGACAACGUUGUGCCUGGUGCCAGAGGGUGGCCCACGAUAAGUGCUUCAGCGAGAUUUCUGCUAGCCUGUGUGAUUUUGGUGAGUUCAAAAGUAUGAUAUUUCCACCGAAGUGUGUUGUGGCUUCCCGUUCGAAGGGAGCCCUCAAGGUUCAUUUAACUGGCAUUUAUCCCCCGGCAUGGAAGGAUCAAUGGAAGCCGUUGAUAGUUGUUGCGAAUUCCAAGUCUGGUAGCAGUGGCGCUUCGGAAAUAGUUCCAUUGCUGAGAGGAAUGUUACAUCCAUUGCAGGUAAUGGAGCUAGAGUCUCACGGGCCGAAUGAAGCACUGCAGUGGGCUUUGUACGCAGCGCCAGCGACGUCGAGAAUAUUGGUUGCCGGAGGAGAUGGAACCGUCGGCUGGGUGUUGAAUACAAUACUACAAAUGAAUGUUGAACCUCAACCGGAGGUGGCUAUACUUCCGCUCGGUACAGGCAACGAUCUUUCCCGGGUUUUAGGAUGGGGCUCCGAGGGGCCUGAUGAAUUUGAUCCGGUUGAGUAUUUGCGCAAGAUUCAGAACGCGCAAGCGGUGAAGCUGGACCGAUGGUUAAUGGAAAUUGUUCCACGCCCUCAGAGUCUAUUUCCAGUGCCCAGGCUUUUCUAUCGACGAAGUGUUUUCAUGUACAAUUACUUCAGCGUAGGAGUUGACGCGUUGGUUACGUUGAACUUUCACAAAGCACGCGAAAGUUCUCUUUACUUAUUUAGCAGCCGGUUCAUCAAUAAGGCUUUGUAUCUUUGCUUUGGCACUCAUCAAGUGGUUCAGCAAGAGUGUGUUGAUUUGGAAAAGAAAGUCGAACUCUAUUUGGACGACCUGAAAAUUGAUCUUCCCGAGCUUCAGUCUAUUGUUGUUCUCAAUAUUGAUUCUUGGGGUGCAGGAGUUAAUCUUUGGAAGAUGAGCCGCGAUUCUCCUACUCACGGUGGAAGUAUGCGGGAGAUGCACAGCAUUUCGGACGGCAUUCUGGAGGUGUUCGGUGUAGUGUCGUCCUUCCAUAUUGCCCAACUGCAGGUCGGAUUGAGCAAGCCAGUUCGCUUGGGACAGGCCCGCAGCGUUCGACUGCGUAUCCAUGACCGAUUGCCGGUCCAAGCAGACGGUGAACCAUGGAUGCAAAUGCCCUGUGAUAUUAACAUCAAACAAUGCGGUCAGGUUACGAUGCUACGUAAUAUAAGCCAGUGACCAAACGGUAAGUACUAACGCUAGAUAAGCUCUUUGUUAUCAAUGCCUUUUCUUUCAUUGGGCAAAAGUUUGAUCCAAAGGCAAUUUAAAAAAU